AUGAAAUUUAAUCAAUUGAAUGGAAUACUUCAUAGUAUGCUGACAGCAACUAUCGAUUCUCCACAACAUAAAAAAGUGCUUCGAAUGAAAGAUAACUGGGAAGAUGAUUCUUUAUUAUCUGCUAUUUAUCGAUCGUACAAAACGUAUGAAAACUUUAUAAAAUUGAAGAGAAUUAAACAAAUCCAUUUGGAAUUAAUCAAAUGUGCCCAAAAUAUAAACGAAGCUUAUGGAUUACAAAUAUUUAUGUCUAUGUCUUCAUCUGUCGUGUUUAUUACUUUAUUAGCAUAUAAUUUAUAUGCUAUUUUGAUCGCAAAAUAUUAUGACGAUUGGGUAAAAGAAAUUUAUGCGCAUUUAUAUUGGAUAUUCUAUUUUACCUUCAAGAUUUUGGCAAUAAACAAUAUAUGCCAUGCAACGACAAUGGAAGCCAUGAACACUGGAGACAUUCUUUGUGAAUUAUACGAACCUUCAACUAACAAGAAAUUUCGCGAUAAAAUUCGUGAUUUUAAGUUUCAACUAAUCCAAAACCGUUUGACGUUUAAUGCUUGUGGAUUUUACAAUCUGGAUCAUACAUUUAUAUACAGCGCGAUUGGUUCGAUUACUACCUAUCUAGUUAUACUUAUUCAAGUUGGAGAUAAUCCUAAAAUAUUCUAUAACAAUAUCAACAAUAGUUCAACACCGAAGAUUAAAAUGCCACCAAAAAAAUCUAACUUUCACAAUGCGCGGAGCCGAGAGGCACGACGCAAACGUGUUGAAAGAGCAAAUCAGUCGGGUGAAAAAAGCACAGCAAGAAUAGUAGCUCAAAGAAUCAGGACAGCAAAGAGUCGUGCACAAGAAUCUCAAGAACGCUGA